AUGGGCAUCAAACGUCUGGUGCACACGCCGACACGCUUUCGUCAGAAUUUUGACGAGCUGUUCCACCUUCCUUUCAAUUUUGCCGCGGUGCCGGACGUAUAUGGGCCAGGAGACGCGCGGGGAUUCAGCUUGACAUUCAACGCGGGGGUGCUGGCAAUACAGUCGUCUUCUUGUAUCCUGAAGAAUAUGAAGAAGUCUGAGACGGCGAGGUGCCCUGUACAGCAAGCGGAACAAGCUUUCUUGAACUUGUACUUCGGGGCGAAGGCUGCUCGGCUGCGCUACAUACAACGCUCUCUUAGCGAUGAAGAAGCGCAAUCCGGUCGUCUGGGAGGAGACAAGGUCUUGACCCCAGACGAGAGAAAGGUACCCCCGCCUCAAUCGGUAGUUCACUUGUUUCGGCAGUAG